AGAGUCAAGAUCCUGAUGCCAUCCUGUGGGUGGUUUCACCGUGACCUGAGUGGGCUGGAGGCUGAAGCUUUACUGAAGGGGCGAGGUGUCCAUGGGAGCUUUCUGGCCAGACCCAGUCGGAAGAACCAGGGGGAUUUUUCCCUUUCAGUCCGGGUCGGUGACCAGGUAACCCACAUCCGCAUCCAGAACACUGGGGACUUCUACGACCUGUAUGGAGGGGAGAAGUUUGCUACCUUGUCAGAACUGGUGGAGUACUACACACAGCAGCAGGGCUCACUGCAGGACAAAGAUGGGACCAUCAUCGACUUGAGAUAUCCACUCAACUGUUCUGACCCCACUACUGAAAGGUGGUACCAUGGGCAUCUCUCGGGCCCUGCAGCUGAGUCACUGCUCCAGGCCAAAGCCACCCCUUGGACUUUCUUGGUGCGGGAGAGCCUCAGCAAACCUGGGGAUUUUGUCUUAUCCAUCCUCACUGACCAGCUGAAACCUGGGUCUAAUGCCUCACCAGCUGGGGCAAGCAAUGCUGCUGGGGCCCUGCUCAAAGUCACACACAUCAAGAUCAUGUGUGAGAAUGAACGCUACACCGUGGGAGGUGCCGAAGUGUUUGACAGCUUGGCAGAGCUGGUGGAGCACUUCAAGAAGACUGGCAUUGAGGAGCUGUCAGGCUCCUUUGUCUACCUGAAGCAGCCCUACUAUGCCACCAGGGUAAACGCAGCUGACAUUGAGAACAGAGUGCAGGAACUCAACAAGAAGAGUCUAUCUGAAGAGACAUCCAAGGCUGGAUUCUGGGAGGAAUUUGAUAGUCUGCAGAAACAGGAAGCCAAGCAGCUCUUUGACCGCCACGAGGGUCAGAGACCUGAAAACAAGAGCAAGAACCGAUACAAAAACAUCUUGCCCUUUGAUCACUCCAGGGUCAUCCUCCAAGGAAGGGACCCAAGCAUACCUGGAUCUGACUACAUCAAUGCCAACUAUGUCAAGAACAACCUGAUCAGUCCAGAUGAAUGCACCAAGACCUACAUUGCUAGCCAGGGCUGCCUGGACAGCACAGUCAAUGACUUCUGGCAAAUGGUGUGGCAGGAGAACACGCGGGUUAUCGUGAUGACUACCCGGGAGGUGGAAAAGGGACGAAACAAGUGUGUGCCCUACUGGCCCGAGGUGGGCAGCACCAAGGAGUACGGCCCCUACCUGGUGGAGAACGCCGGGGAGCACAAUGCGCUGGAGUACAAACUGCGGCACCUCUGCGUGUGCCCCAGGGACAACGGCAAGGCUCUGCGUGACAUCUGGCACUACCAGUACCUGAGCUGGCCUGACCAUGGUGUACCCAGCGAGCCAGGAGGUGUGCUCAGCUUCCUUGACCAGAUCAACCAGAAGCAAGAGAGCAUCCCAGAUGCAGGGCCCAUCCUGGUGCAUUGCAGUGCUGGGAUUGGCCGCACAGGGACCAUCAUUGUCAUUGAUAUGAUAGUGGAAACCAUCUCCACCAAGGGGCUGGACUGUGACAUUGACAUCCAGAAGACUAUCCAGAUGGUGAGGGCCCAGCGCUCAGGGAUGGUGCAGACGGAGGCCCAGUACAAGUUCAUCUACAUGGCCAUCUGCCAGUUCAUAGAAACCACCAAGAAAAAGCUGGAGGUCAUCCAGGCUCAGAAGGGCAAGCCAGGGGAGUCUGAGUACGGGAACAUCACCUACCCCCCUGCGCGCAGCGGGCAGGCCAAGGCGUCGCACAAGCCCUCCAAGCAGAAAGAGGAGGCAAUGAUUUAUGAGAACCUGGGGAAGAAGGAGAAGGUGCAGAAGCAGCGCUCCUCGGAAAAGAAGCUGAAAGGGUCACUGAAGAAGAAAUAA